CCUUUUCUGUUGUCAUUCGUUUUUCUACUGCCUUAGCUAAGUUUUGGGAGAUAUUUGUACAAGCGAAAAUCUUAUAAAAGUUGUGUCAUAAGAUUGUAAAAAUAAAUUGAAUCAAAAUGGCUUUGCAAAUGCUGAUUCGUAAUGCACCAAAAUUCAACAGUGCUGCUGGUUUAAUGAAGUCCGCACGCUUGACACCCUUGAAGACAUAUGCCACCGUAGUAGCUGCACAACGCAGUGCCCUAGUUAAACCUUUGAACUUGGUCAAGAAUGUCGCCACACCUGUCUCCCGUAACAUUGCUGUGAGUGCUCCUCGCAUGUCUGCCGCGGGCGGUAGUCAUACUGCUCUAUGGACAAUCGAACGUGUAGUUUCUUUGGCAUUGUUGGGAGUAGUGCCACUAGCAUUUAUGGUGCCAUCACAAACUAUGGAUGCCUUAUUAGCUGUUUCCUUGGUGCUGCACUCACAUUGGGGUAUUGAAGCUAUGGUCACCGAUUAUAUGCGUCCCUCAGUCGUUGGUAAUGUUUUGCCUAAAGUAGCACAUGGUUCCCUCUUGUUGUUGUCCAUGGCCACAUUGGGUGGUUUGUUCUAUUUAAUCUAUAACGACAUCGGUAUUGCUAAGUCUGUUAAGAAAUUGUGGGCAGUGAAAGGUGUUUAAUUGGAACAAAAAUUGGAAAAACUACGUAUCUAAUGCUAGAUUUUCAAUUUUGUUGGUAAAGUGGUCAAUAUCUGUAGAAAUUUAAAAUAAAUUAUUGAACGAAUUGUCUAAAGAA